AUGCCCACUUCCAGUUUUACUGUCAUUGGAACAUGCUGCAUCUACCUCACCCCCUUCCGUGGCCGUAGUGAAAUAGCCAUUGUGAGGGCUGUGAACCCGGAUACUGGCAUCAUUUACCUUACAACUGGGGUUAAUCCUGACGUCCUACCAAAGGUCAACGCCCUCUUGCGCGGUCGGGUCGAUCUACCGCAGGCGCUAUUUGUCGAACAGGAGACUUGUGCCAUUGAGCGUCCCUACAAUGUAUCCCUAUCUGAAAAGUAUCUUGAAUUAGCUUUUUCUGGCAUUUUGGCCGAACCUGCUCACGAACUGGUUUCAAAGUCUCAAGAAACCGUUGAUUCGCGGGUUGGUAUCGUGCUUACUGCCGGGCCCAAAAUCCGUUAG